GGGGUCGCAGAGUCGGACACUACUGAGCGACUGAACUAAACUGAACGGAGGGAGGGGUAGAGACGCAGGUGAGGUCGAGAGGCAGGCCAUGGCGGAGAGGCCGCUCGCGCAUGGACCCAUCCGCUCCCUUCCUCAGAACUAGGGACAGGACCGGACCUCAGCCAAAGCGCAGUGGAGCACCGGUCUCAGGGCGCUGAGGAACUCCAUCACCCAGUUGCCCCCUGGGGAAUGUUGUAUCGGCAGCUGGGCUGGGAGGGUCUUGUGACAAACCAAGGACUACAUUUCCCAGCGGGCCUCAGAGGCGGAGCGGGGCUCGCGCCAAUUCCACUUCCCGGCGCGGGAGAUUGUCAUAGAGCUGCAGAAGCGUUGGGUUACCCCCAUUCACCUCCGCUGGCUAGCGUGCAGGGUCGUGGGGAGGUGGCUAGGGACUCGGGAGAGGGGGCAAGGGGCAGAGUGGGAACAAGGCUCCGGAAAUAGUCUGUGGGGCAGCCAGAAAACUCCUGGUACUGGGAAGGGUGUUUGGUCGUCGUUUCUGCACGGCGGCGUUGUUCCACGCCAGCCGGCGUAGCUCCUGAAAGCAGUGAGUCCGCGGGAGACAGCAGGCGCGUGGGGAAAAGCCCGGGGCAGGGUGUACAGCUGGCCAGAGGGCGCGGGACAAGAGGGCAGAGGAUCACCACCGGCUUCCUGAGGCACUCAGCGAUAUCCUCGAAUCGGCGGCGCAGGGGCUGCUGGGACAUGGAGUCCGGCGGGACUGGGCCUGUCCCGGAAGCAAGUUGCAGCCCGGAAGUGAUCCGCGAGGAUCUGGGCUCUCGCCUCAGAGUCAGUUCUUGUGCAUCCGCGUUGGUCGCUUCCUUGGCGGAGUUUCUGGGCCUCCGGCCGGCGGCUCCCAGUUCUGUGGACACACUCGGUCAGCUUUUCCGCCCAGCUGCCCCUAAACGCACCUCCCCUGAGAAGUCUUCCUUGAUUUCUGCAGCUCAGGCCACCACCCUGCUCCCGCUGCACCUGCGCGCGUGUCCCCCUGAGGUGAGAGUGCAGGCGGGUCGGGGCAGGGUACUCGGGGGUCAGAACCCGGGUGUUUGGGCGCUGUUGGACUGAGCGGCCUGGUUCAGGCGAGCCCUGACAAACCCUGUUAAAGCCAUUCAUUGGCACGGAAAAUGAUCUGUGUUCUUAAGUUACAGUGGUAGCAAAUGACCGGUGGAAAGAAGGAAAUUCAGAUGCUUUGCAGACGUUACAAAAGGAAAAGCAGACGUCUUUCUUCAGUUCCUUUCCCCAGAGGUGCCAGCUGAGGGGUUGCUGGUUUUCAGGAUCUUUUGGUGAACAUUUAUAGCAGUAGCUCCUGUUUGCUGUUUGGAAAUUUUACCAUUAAACAGGACCGGGCCCCAAAGGGGCCUAACGUGAAGGAAGGCCCUCAGGGUAGGCUCCCGCUCUUGCUCUGCCUGUGUGGCUGCUCUCCCUGUCCCCAGCUGCCAUCGUGGACUUCUCCCUUCUGUCACUCCUUCCAGUGCCCCGAAGACUGCAUCCUGCACUUGGGCACUUGGUCCCUGGGCUGGGACCCUCCCUGGUCACUGGGGCUCCGCUAGUUCACGCUGACACCUCUGCUUGGCUGCUGACCGGCUUUUCUGUCACUGAGACACUGGACAUGUCCAUGCUCCCUCCCCAGGAGCAGCCCAUCUCCUUGGCCCAGUCUGGCCUGAACUUCUGAAGGCUUCCCUCCAGGACCCUCUCCCUUACUGUACUAACCAGGUUCCCAGUUCGAGGUGUCCUCUGCCAGCUGCCCAGGUGGCCGGGUUUGGGGACGCGCUCCCUCAUGGCAAGUGGCCUUGCAGGGUGUAAGUGGGUGGAGGGGUGUGGGUGGUCCACAGCCCUGAUUGGGUGUGCCUGUGUACCAGGAAGACGGUGCGUGUGGCUGAGUGAAGACGGGGAGGCCAGCUUCCCCACGCCUCACCAUGGCAGCUGACCCGGCACCCUUCGGUCAGGAGGAGCUCGUGAUCAUCAAGGUGGAGGAGGACGAGGACAUCCCCUGGGAUCCGGAACCGUUCUCCAAGCCUCAGCCCCACACCCCACUGCCUGCUCUCGGUUGGGACCCCCGGCUGUGCUUCCGCAGCUUCCGCUAUGAAGAGGCCGCGGGGCCCCGCGAGGCGCUGGCCCAGCUCCGGGAGCUCUGCCGCCUGUGGCUGCGGCCUGAGGUGCACUCCAAGGAGCAGAUGCUGGAGCUGCUGGUGCUGGAGCAGUUCCUGGGCGUUCUGCCCCCCGACACCCGGGUCUGGGUGGAGUCCCAGUGCCCUGAGAGUGGCGAGGAGGCUGUGGCGCUCGUGGAGGACCUCGCCCAGAUGUUUCAGGAGACUGCCCUGGUCCAGGCCCCUCCUGAGGACCAACAGCCUGGAGACCUUGCAGAGCUGGCCAAACCCUUCUCGGAUGGAGCUCAGUAUCUUUAUUUCAAGCCCAGGAUGUCUGGAAGCAAGCGUAAGAGCAGCAGUGACGUAGCUGGUACUGCUAAGAAGCGCCACGCAAUAACGAUGGAAACGAAAGUGAAGAUAAUUGAGAGAGUGGAGCGAGGUGAAAAGAUGACAGACGUUGCUCGUUCGUUUAACUUGAACCGUUCAACUAUCGGCACGAUCAUCAAGAACAAGGACAAGAUCCUGGAACAUGUGAAGUCUGCUGUGUCGAUGAUGUCGACGAUCAUAUCCAAGCGGCGUGGGAAAGCGAUGGAGGAGAUGGAGAAACUUCUCAGCGUGUGGUUGCAGGACCAGCAUCAGCGUCGAGCCCCACUCAACAUAAUGCUGAUUCAAGAGAAAGCUAAAAGCCUGUAUGAAGACCUGAAGAAGAAAUAUGGUGAAGAAUCAGAUGGCCCGUCUUUUAAUGCCAGCUGUGGCUGGUUUUAUCGGUUCAAGGCCAGAGCCAAUCUUCACAACGUAAAAGUAAGUGACGAGGCAAUGAGUGCAGAUAUGGCUGCUGCCCGGGAAUUUCCUGACAUCCUUCGAGAAAUUAUUGAUGAAGGGGCGUAUUUACCAGAGCAGGUUUUUAAUGUGGAUGAGACAGGACUGUACUGGAAGAGGAUGCCAGACCGAAGUUAUAUCAGUAAGGAGGAAAAGUUGAUGCCAGGUUAUAAAGCAGCAAAGGACAGGUUGACUCUGCUGUUUGGUGGCAACGCUUCUGGCGAUAUGAAGCUGAAGCCUCUCUUGGUUUACCAUUCAGAGAGCCCAAAAGCCCUUAGAAAUAUAGCCAAGGGCUCUCUUCCUGUUGUGUGGAAGAGUAACCCCAAAGCUUGGGUUACACAGGCCAUUUUCCAGGAUUGGUUUUUCCACCACUUUAUCCCGGAGGUAGAGAUAUACUGCUUGGAGAAGGACAUCCUGUUUAACAUUCUUUUGUUGCUUGACAGUGCUCCAGGCCACCCCCCGUUCAUGGACGAUUUUCAUCCCAACAUCAAAGUAGUGCGUCUUCCACCGGAUACUACGCCCCUUAUCCAACCCAUGGACCAGGGAGUUAUAUCGACUUUCAAGAAAUAUUAUUUACGUCACACUUUUCGUCAGGCAGUGAAGGCGAGUGAUGAGUCAGGAACAACCUUGCGACAAUUUUGGAAGGACUAUAACAUCUACAAGGCCAUAAAAAACAUUGACUUUGCUUGGCGUGAGGUUACAGCCGGCACCAUGAAUGGCGUAUGGAAGAACCUUUGCCCGCAGUUUGUUCAUGAUUUUCGUGAAUUGGAGAAGGUGGAUGAGGAGUCCAGAGAGGUCUUCAGCAACUUAGUGACCCUCAGUGAGAAGCUGGAGCUGGAUCUGCAGGAGGAUGACUUCAUUGAACUCCUUGCUGUGCAACACGAGGAGCUCACUAAUGAAGACCUGAUGGAACUGGAGGCCCAGAGAAAGGACGAAGAGAGACAGGAGGAGGAAGAACGAAGUGAAGAGCUGAAGAGAUUCACGAUGCAGGACAUGGCCAGGGGGUUCUCUCUGUUUGAGGAGGCACUGUUCAUUUUCGAGGCCCAGGACCCGAAUGUAGAACGGUACACGAAGGUUGAGGCAGCUGUUCAGGACGCAAUCCAGUGCUACCGUGUCAUCUACGAUGAGAAAAAAAGAGCCACUGCCCAGACAUCCCUGGAUCGGCUUUUAAAGAGGGAGAUGGAAUUGAAUCCAGCAAGGAGCCAGAACCUGUGCCUUGACGUCAGGCCUGAGUGACAUCACAGCCCUCCCGCCGUCUCCUGUUGCUGACGGUCCUUCUCUCUGCCAGCUCCCCCUCCUCGUCCUGCUCCACCAGUAACUUCUUGCCUAUUCACUCCAUGCCAGUCCCUCUAAUCAGGUGUUGUGCUGUACUCCUGUACUUUCUAAGGUAUUAUACUGUAAGAUUAAAGAUGCUUUCUUUAUUUU